AGACCGGCCGCGGACUCUCACCACUGCAUGUACAAAGUGGAUGCGCUGCCUGUUUGUUACAUAUUUUACCAGCCUGACAAAGUCAGUCACAGUUCACAGUUCACAGUUGAGUUGUGAACAAACAGCUGUUCGAUGAUGUGCUUGAUGGAGCUGUCGCCGAUAACAAGCCGCGGGAUGUCAAACUGAGAUUAUCAAGACGCCGUCUGGAAAGGAGUUUGCAUCACCUGAUGAUUCUUUCCCAUCGAUCUCUUUCAAGAGAACAUGAAUCUACUCCAGGUCGUACAGACCGCUAGUUCACCUCUGACCUGCGUCAGACGCUGUCGAAGCCUGAGGAUAGGAGUCCCCUGGGGGAGGAAAACAAGGCAGCGGGUUAUUGUGUUGGCUGCUGCUUUGUGUGCGUUUCUGAUACUCGUGUCAGUGAAAGGAGGACCUGUCAUCCUGCUUCGACACGUAAAUACACUGGAACAACGAGUUAACAGAGCUGUGUCCACACCACUAGGUAUGGACAAGACCUCCAGACGUCUGGUGGACCUGGACACGGUGCAUGUCGCCAUCUUUGCUGAUGAGAAGUUGUUUCCUGGCGUUGUCACACUGACCAACAGCAUCGUCUCCAACACUGCCUCGCCCGUCACCUUUCACUUUGUCACCUUUCCGUCAAACGCUACACGCCUCAGGUUGUGGAUCACCGGAAGUAAACUGAGAAAUAUUACUUUUGAAAUCGUCGAGUUUCCUGUCAGCAUUCUGAAUGGCAAAUACCGAUGCAGCUCCUCUCGCAAGGAACUCAGCAAUCCUCUUAACUUCGCUCGGUUCUACCUGCAGACUCUUUUUCCCAAAGUCGGGAAAAUCAUCUACAUGGACUGCGAUUGUCUGGUGUUAGGAAACAUCAAAGAACUGUACAACAUCCAGCUUGACAGCCAUCAUCCAGUAUCUUUACUGCGCAUGUGCGACUUAGAAGAAGACUUUUUCUCGGAUAUCAAGAAUCUGCUCAACUUCAGCAACCCUGAUGUCAUCAAAGCCUCCAUUUCCUCAGACGCUUGCAUCCUCAACAAUGGAGUCUUCGUCGCUGAUCUCAUUGCUUGGGAUCAACUUAACAUCUCUCAACAGCUGGAGUACUGGAUGACCCUCAACACCAGAUCAGCCAUCUUCCGCGCAGGCGAUGUAGGGAGUGGUUCACAGGCUCCCAUGAACAUGGUCUUCCAUAACAGAAACACCCCUCUUCCCCCUGAGUGGAACAUGCUGUCAGGAACCUACAAGAACAAGAAGUUAAACUUGACCGCUAAACUCAUUCACUGGAACGGCCAGCGGAAGCCGUGGAUGUCCUGCCAGUCUCCGCUGUGGAACCAGUACAGCGUCCCGGACCCCUGCGGUCGAGUCCAGUGGUGCGUCAAAGGUGUUUCCCAUCGCCCAGGCUCCUCGUGACGACACCGACAGCUGCAGCGUGUCUACACCUUCGUGGGGAGGGGUGAAACAAACAUUGAAAAACAGUGGGUCCUAGUGAACAAAACAGUAGGAUACCAACAGGUUAAUCCGUAGUGCCUUACAAAAAAGUACAUAACCUUUAGCAAAUGCAAAGUUCUAGUUAUUACAUGCUGGAGGACGACUGUCCAGAAUCGGCAGAAAAACUCGCCAAGAACAGCGCGAGUGAGAAGAAAAAUGUGAGAAAAGGGGAGGAAAGGUAAAAGGGAGGGGGUUGCUGUCAGGUCCGGAAAAGAAGAGACCUUGGGAAGGCCCUGCGAGCAGCUGAUGCGUGACGACAAGCGCCGCGGGUCAUGGCUCUGGGGCUCGCGAGACGGAUAGGGUCACACAAGGACGAGGUGAAAGGUCGCUUGAUUGCCCCCCUCCGCGCGCGCACACCCAACGACAGGCCAGCAAAGCACGGGAAGCACAACACGAACAGCAAAACAAUCGCCGGACACGCGACAAUUAUAAUAACUCAGAUGAAAAAAAAGUCAAGCAAGAAAUUAUUUGAGAACAAGAGAUUUCUGAAAUUAAAAUUAAGUGGCAGGGAAUUCCAUAUUACUGAGAAUUGACAUGGUGAGAACAAUUAAGGCACAUGCUUCUGGAUUUUCUUUAGAUUGUUCAACUUUAUCAUCAGCCAAAUUAUUUAAAAUUGCGGUAAUCUAAACAUUAAAAAAUGAGUGACUCUGCAUUUCAAGUCCUGUCAAGAUGAACAAAAUUAUCAAUAAAUUAUUUUUAAAGUUGACGAAGCGUUAUUAUGCUCGACGUGGUAAUCCACUCCAUUGUGUCAACAUUUAUCACCUUAAUCAUUUUCUUGUGUAAAAUACACUUAAUCUAGAACACCUGAAGAGCAAAGUCCUAUCACAUACAUAUCUCAACCAGACAAUGACCUUGCCAACGUGCUACCGAAUGGAGUUUGACAUAGCAACAUACAAAGAUUUAAACACGUUUUUAAAGAAAAUGCAUUCUUCUCUUUAUUCCAUUUUUCUGUGAAAAAUAAUACAACAUUAUGAACUGCACUCGCACUCUAGCGUACCGUGCUUAAUCUACCAUGUACAGUGUUAUGAAUGUAUUAUGGCGAGGCGACAAUGAAAAAAAAAGAAACGACCAUAAAAUAUGUUACUGACUAAAUAUUCUGCAAUCAUUUAUUUCUAUAAAGAAGAAUACAUCAAAGGUCGACAACCCAAAUAAAAAUCGCGACCAACGAUUGAGGGACUCCCUCAGAGAGAUAGUUACAAGCAUCUCCAAUUUUUUUCUUGAAAAAAUGCAUUGUUUACCUCCUUGAACGCGACAGUAAACUUGAUAUUUGACAGCAAUAAACAACCCGUAGCCUGUCUGUAGCCAAUGGAGCAGCUCUCUCACGCAGCGCAUCUUCCUCCUCAUAUUUCCCAUAAACACCGCGGCUCACAUCACAUAUCCUAGUUCUACAUUCAGGGAAAGUUUGACCCACUUCCAAUGGCCUUGAAACGCUUGACGACACGUGACAAAACACUUGGUGACAUUCUUCAUGACAUGUCCGUGGCCAGUAUGCUGUACUGCUGGAGGCUGCAGGUUUUAAUGUACUUCAGCUUACCAGCGAAGUCGAACUUUCAUUAUUUUUAGGAUCGCGAUCCACGUCCUCCGCCUGCUCACCUCACUUGACCUUAGACCUUUCCACCUCUCUUGCAGGCCGGGCAGCUACUCGUCUGUAACCAAUGAUGGAGCAGUUCUCUCAUGCAGCACAUCCUCUUCGGCCUUCCCCUAUUUCCUAUGAACACCGCGGGCUGGCAUCACAUCCUAGUUCUACAUUCGGGGAAAAGCUUGACUCUUUUGCCAUGACCUUAAAACCUUGACGACACGCGACAGAACACUUGGUGACAUCCUUUGACAUCGCCGUGGUCUAUCCUGUGUUGCUGAUGAAUGCUGCAGGUUUGAAUGUACUUCACGGGGUUUAUUUUUGGAUGAGGAUGUCUGCUACAGGAUUGUUUUACCUUUAACUCAUUGUUAUUUAUUUUCGGCCUUAAACUAUAGGUCCCUGGCUCUCUGCUUCCUGAAUCCCACUUGGUCACUUACGUUUAUAAGAUGAUCUUUUUCCCAAGCGAUACAAGGAUUUUGUCUCAGUGUGACUAAGACAUAUGCCUUACACACGCACGCAUACACACAAACACACACAGAGCAGUACCGAGUCAAACUUCUCGUGAAAACAAACAAAUGAUAGAAUUUUAAAAAAGAAGAAACCAACGAGUAAAGCCUGAGGCUGGGAGGUGUCUGUGGUGACCACGCCCACCCUGUGUGUGUUUUUCCUAAAUUUCUCGUCCCUUGACGGCGGCCUGGGAAGUGAGACACAAAGUGAGGGCCGUUGGUAGGUGUAUCCGGCAUGCUGGGAGGUAUUUAGCUCUAAUACUCACAGACGAGCCAUCAAAGAGGAGGCGACCGUCAGGUUCUGAAGUCCCAGCGAAGCUACAGUCACCUACACCUACGUAGACAGGCAUCUCUUGUCUUACACCUGGCCUGGCGAUUACCUGUUGACCUCUGUAAAUUUGACUGAGGAACAGAAUCAUGGAAAUUCAGGAAAGAGGCAAGCCAUCCCCGGUCUCCAGGAGCGUGCUUGUCAUAGGCACACUGAGCUGUCUCAGCUGUGUACUGCUCGUCGUGAUUCUGGGGAUCGUAGGAAGCACACACUAUAGACUGAGCGAGAGCGAGGGCACUGCGAGUGCCACUCCAUUGUCGAGCUCACAGCUGGCGGAGUUGCUGCCACUCGACGUGCGUUUCCCCGGCCACUUCUUGACAGACGAAGAAAUAAAAGUACGGAUGGCAUACCUGAGCGCGCACAUUCCUGUAACUCAAAUGAUAAACUCGUCAGACACGUGCAGCUCUAAUGGUGUCGCCCCCAUCUCGAAUUUUACUGAGCAGGCGCCACCUAUUCCUUUCUAUCCCAUCAGACCUGCCGACCGUCUCUACAGCUGCUGCUGCUUUUCACAGACCGGGUACAUCAGUCCAAACUGGCUUGUGGAUAUCGAUGGUGUCAACCGCACGCUAGCAACCUUUCAAAAUAAACGACAGCUCUUCUUUCAAGAGACCUGCCAGCAAAUUACCAGCUGCAUUAUAUGCACGUGCAAGAUCAUCCCCGUCCUUACCACAGGCGUCUACGUCAGUGGAAGCAGCUACGGCAUCGCGAUGUUCAGUGUUAGCGGCAGCUGCAAGUGUCAGAAUAUUGGCACGACUUCGUAACACUGAUCUCACAACAAUUUCUCGAAACUUUAAUAAAGAAAUAUUAAUGAAAAAAUUUGAGAAAAAGCCAUAGUACUGAAUCUGCAUUUAAGAAACUGCAAACGAUCUUCUCGUUAUAGUGCUGACGAUGACAAAGUGUCAUUUCUGGAGUUGUUAGGUUUAUCAACUGUAUUUGAUACUGUGGAUCAUUCUAUACUUCUACACAGAAUUCAGCACUCUUUUAGUAUUCAUGAUGUUGUUUUGUCUGGGGUUCGGCCCGUAUCAUGGACUCUGUAUGUGUGUGCGUUCGUGUGUUCAUAUGCUUCUCUACUGAGAUAUGGAAGGAAAAAAUAAACGAAGAGAGGUAUAGACUCGAUAACACUCUCGACAAGUAAGAGCUAGAAUUGCAAUGGAAAAUUCUCAAAGAGAACUGUAGCAAAUCAGGUAGGUACACGUACACUUUUGCACAAAAGAAAAAUUAGAGAACAUGUUCGAUUUUGUGGAAGAACUAUGGAAUGUUUUUCUUUUCUUUUGUUAAAAGGAGAUCGUUG